AACACACAGCAUGAGAGUCAGCGCACCAUCUUCUGUUGUGUUCCACGCCCUGAUGUUGUACAGUACACCACAGCCUCGGACGCUCGGAGAUCUUGUGUCCCCCACCAUCCUAUUAUUGAGUUGUACAAACCAAUCUCGAAGUUCUCGACUCAUCAUCCUUCUUUUAUCGAGGAAUUCUGUUUGGGUUGCUCGUAUGCAGUCUCUAUGGGUAGCCGCACCAAUCAUCGUCACACCGCCAUUGAUCUUCGUCCGAACGUCCCUGAUUGACAGGUACGUGAAAAUCUCAGACCUAGACAGCCGUCACAUGAUUCCGCGUUUGAGUCAGAGUUCCUCUAUUCGAGAGGGUUUCGGCGGAUUUUGCUUGCCUGCAGGUAGGUGAGACAGAGAUGCACCCCACUCCCGUCUGCCUAUCAACUCCGGAUUCUGCGGUGCUGUCUUGUGGUGGGCUUUCCUAUUGGAUUGUUCGAAGGAUCGAGAAGAGAUGUGUGAUGUACAGCGAACGGUACUUCCAGCCGCGUCUGCAGUAGUGGCGGCGAGGCUGGGCACGCCGAGUGGUUGUGGCUUGAGAGAAUUGCUUGUUUUGCUUCGGGUGGUGAUGUGCUGGAGUGGAGAUGCAUAUUUUCAUCUUGCAUAUGUGCUGAAUGAUGCUUUUAAGCCGAGAUUUGGCGGCUGUGGUUGGUUCGAGAGGCGUCGUUUUUCUACGUGAGAAUUCUAAGUGAAAUCAUGUCUACUGUGUCCUGUUUCUAUGCUAGAGAAAAGGAAAAAAGAAAU